AUGUCCUCCUGUUGGUUUGGACCACACCAUGUUUUAGUGAAGGGGAGGAGGAAGAGGAAAAAAAGAGCUUUAGAAGGAGAUCGCUCUGCACUCUCUCCCCCCCCAUCAUCAUCAUCAUCACACCCCGCGGCCAUCCCCUUUUCUCCUCCUCCAGCCACUCUCUCUCCUCCCCUUCUGUUUCCAUUCGAAACGUCAACGAAGAAAUUGCUAGGUGGAAAACACGCACCACCAUCUGACCCGACCGUGCAGCCAAUCAGGAAGCCGCUCGGCGUUUUUGUUUGUUUUAAACGGGGCUGCAGCUGAAGCCGCUUCGCUUUCGGCCCGCUGCGCUGCCGGGGAACAGGCGCGCGUGGCGCAGAGGGAGCAGGCGGCUUCUUUUCGGCCCAAACCGGUCUCCGCCGGUGAAGGGGAGGGAAGGGAGGCGGGCCGAGAGCGGCCCUAUCGGGGCAAGGCUGCGGGUAGCGGGCAGCCUGAACGGGAGAGCUCGCUUGCGCGUAUCCGCUGCGCGCAUUUCCGCGUUGAGGGCGGUGCUUGGAAGGGAGACGUUGCUGCUGUCAGGCGAGCGGCAGACGCGGCGCAACAGCCCACCUUUCGCUUCCCCGGGUCGGAUAAGAGUGAGAUCUUCUCUUGGGGUGGGGGGCAGGGGUGCCAACUUGAAUUAAACGUGGAGGGGGGGAGAGCAGGAAAGUCCCGCGCCACAUAAUCGAUCACAAGAUGCAGCGCAUGCACGCCAUUUGAAUGGCAAUGCUCAUCAACUUUGGGAGAGCCUCGCCACCUCAAAUAUGUUAUGGGGGCGCAACAGGACUUCGGCCCCUAGAAGUUGGCUCCUUUGGUGGUGGGUGUGGAGAGCAGGAGCUGCGGAGGCGCUUGCCAAGCUGGGCUUGUCUAGCUUUCCGUUGGAAGCCGGCCUCCCCAGCCGUGUUUUCGUCCCGGGGCGUCGUCAGCUUCUGCCCGCAGAGCCCCGAGGACGUCAGCAUCCCGCUAGCCGAAACGGAAAGCAAGGGAAGCUGGCCACGCUUUUUUCUGUUAAAAAUAAACAAAAAUAAAACGAUUUUUACUUGGUGCUAAACUAGCAAGGAGCCCGAGAGAGAUCUCUGGUCGCCUGAGGUUCAGCCUUCUUCUCGAGAGACCUUACCUCGCCCGGGCUCCUCAAACCACACUGUCUCCUUGCGCAGAUCCGAAGGGGGACGCUGAAGGAUCGCCAAGCCGUCUCGACUGCAACGUGAAGAAAUCAUUCCCCGUUCUGUGUGGAGGUAAGGGACGCGAAUACGCCAGUUUAGAUCGCAAGAAAAGGCCCAAGCUGUUCGUGCAAGAUGGUUAGCAAGAGAGCCAGCGCAUUUCCUGCUGCGCCGUGGCAGGUCCGUUUCGGUUUCGGGUGAAUCUCAAUAACAGCCCCGAGAGCGGUGGAGUCCGGUGUCAGUCCGAUCGCCUUCAGAAAAGGUUUGCUUUAGAAUUAAGCGAGACUGGCAGAACCGAAGAACUUCCUGCUCCUCCUUUUUAUCUGUCUUCUAUUCCCACGACAGCAGCUUGGGCGCACAAAAGAAAAUAUUUCAGAACCGCUCUAAAAUAUUUUGCGUGCCCCAACCGCACCCCCAUGAGACCUGCGGUUUGCCCGAAGCGAUUAUUGUUAACUCUAGUAGAAUAGUAUUCAUUGUUAAAUUGCAACAGAAACAGAAGGAAGGGUGCGAUCUCCCUCACGGAGGAAACUCAUUCCGUGUCUAAUGGCUGAAGGGCCAUUUCAGCUGCCAGCAGUAGAUCCCAGGACUUAAAUGAUUACAAGGAGAGGGAUCUGAAACAUCUUCUGCUGCUCAUCCCAGGUUAUUUUCCUUGAGGAAUAACUGUCAGUUGUCCUGUCUCUCCAUUAUCUAUGGAAUAAUCUGCUUCUGCACAUUGGAACUACUGGAGAGCUCGUGGGACGGGCUGAUUAAGAGUCUCAGAGUAGGAUCUGGGAGACUAGCAUUCAUAUGGUCACUAGGUGCCCUUGGACCAGCCACUGCUUCUCAGCCUAACCUACUCCCAGGGUUAUUGGGGGGAAUAAAUGAGGAGAGGAAGAACGAGGCACCACCUUGGUCUCAUUGCAGAAAAACGUGUGCUAUAAAUGCAAUAAAUACAUUUAAUUCUGUAGGAUUUAGUGGGUUUUUUUGGAGGGGAGUUAUUGGGCUGUUGUUUUUAUUUUGAUUAUCUAUUUUGUGGUUUUAUAUUUUGAUUUUGUUCUGUGAAGCACCCUGAGACCUCCAGGUAUAGGGCGGUAUAUAAAUUCAAUUAAUAAUAAUAAUAAGGAGUUAACAGUACUUAAAAAGUCUCACCUGCUACAUUCCUAAACUUUCCUUCUGCUCACCUGCACAACCUUUGCUUUCAUGUCUCUUUUCUUUCCCUUCUGAGUAGCAGGCUCUCUUUCAUUUUACUUAGUGAGGAUUAGUGCCUGCAUGCCCAGACUGUCUGCAGAUAUUGUGUAGGUCGUGUGGGGUAGGGGAAUAAUCAUAAUAAUAAUUUAUUUAUACCCCGACCAUCUGGCUGGGUGUCCCCAGCCACAAAUUUUUAAAAAUACAAUUAAACAUCAAACAUUAAAAACUUUAGUAAACAGGGCUGCCUUCAGAUGUCUUCUAAAAGUCUCACACAAGGCUGCAGCCACAUGGUUCCUGCAUGCUGGAGUACAACCAGUCAGCCACGUUAUGCAAGAAGAGGAAGGCCUAACACAACUUCCUCCACCCUCUUCCAUUUUGUUUCCUCCUGCUUUCAUAUUAAGCCGUUAAGUCCACCAGUCUGCUGCUGUUUUGUCCAUGUGUGACAGUUUACUCUAGUAACUGCUAUCUGUCACUCUUCUGGAAAAUCAAGGAUACCCAGAAAUCAAGGAUACCCAGAAGAUAAAAUUGAGACUCCUGUGGAUGAGCUCCUUGGAAGAAUGACAGGGUCCAAAUAUGAUCAAAUUACUAAAUCAUAACUGACAUGCAUUAUUAUUGUUAUUGUUAUUAAUGUGUAUAUCACCUUUUAACCAUAGAUCUCAGAGCGGUUCACAACAUAACAUUACAAUAAAAACAACUAAAACCUAGCUAAUAAGCUGUUACUUUUGAGAUGGCUAGUAGCAUUUUUUUAAAAAAAUAUGUUUCUGUUUGACUCUCCUCCUCUCCCUGAAUUGGGGCAUUGUCCUAAGAAUCUUACACUGGGGUAGGAAAUGAGGCAACAGUUUCUCUUCUCAUUCUUCCUGUGAGAUGACUUUCUCUAUAACAACUUGUUGGCUGUUUUGUUUGUGAGGCAUUGUGAUGUAAUAACAUGAAUAUAAAGGAUUUUAAUCUAGGGUUUAAAACAUGUAUGAAUUUCAACACUCUAAGAAAAAGUUUAUCCCAGUACUGCAAAGUGUGAUAUAGCAACUACUGAUGUCUCAAGGAGAUUCCAAUGGAAAGGGCUCUAUUUUAAAUGGAAGUGGCCCUGUUUCAAAGAGGAGGGCCUAUCUUACCAAUACAAUAGUAGUCCUAUAGUAACUUACCACAGAACAAUGUAAAAAUACAAUAGUAGUCGAUAGUAGACACACAAUUGUGUUAAAUUUCAAUACUGGCAAUAAGUGAAAUAAAUAUAGGAUGGGGGAAAUACCCAUUCACAUGGGAGACAAAAGUGAAACAAUAACACAUUUCAAAUAUCUAUCGUAUUUUGAGUUCAAAACCAGCACGGUCACAUUAACUUUGUCAUUUUUAAAAUAUGUUUUCAGCUCUAAGCAGUUAGCAAGUUCUAUAAAAUUCCCCCUUUAAAUGCACAGCGGUUAGCUUGUUGUAGGCUAGUUUUAGCCUCUCAAUAUAAGAUUCCUGGUAAUUCCCUUAUAUCCCUCUUAAAAAGAAUACACAUGACACAAUCUUGUGUAAAAAGUAUAAAAGAAGUUUACUCACACCCAUUCACUUCACAGAUGGAUCCCUGAAGGCAGACUUCAGUUACAAAAUAUAUACACGUGGAACUAUCCCAUAUGGGAGUUAGUUCCAAAUGACUGCAGGUAGACAGGCAGUCACUGCUGCUCACAUGUCGAAAGCAAGAUGGAGAAGAGACAGUGUGCUGCCUGCCUUGCCCCUUUUGGGCCUGGGCAGGUAAGAUCAAGCCCACUUCUAGUCACAUGCAGAGGAAGUUUGUCACAGCCCAGGAGGAAACAGGAAGUUUUCUACUGGUUGGACCAAGCAUCCUCUUGCAUGUCCACUCUAGGAAUGUUGUACUUGACUGCUAUGUGUUUCACAUCCCACAUCAAGUUGUCUCCCUGUGUGCAUGACAUACUGUCUGACCAUAGUUUGAAGCAGGUAAAGGUAAAAAGGUAAAGGACCUCUGGGUGGUUAAGUCCAGUCAAAUUUAACUAUGGGGUUGCGGCACUCAUCUUGCUUUUCAGGCCGAGGGAGCCGGCGUUUGUCCACAGACAGCUUUCUGGGUCAUGUGGCCAGCAGGACUAAACCACUUCUGGUGCAACAGAACACCAUGACGGAAACCAGAGCACACGGAAACACCAUUUACCUUCCCAUCGCAGUGGUACCUAUUUAUCUACUUGCAGUGGUGUGCUUUUGAACUGCUAGGUUGGCAGGAGCUGGGACAGAGCAAUGGGAGCUCACCCCGUUGUGCGGAUUCAAACUGCCAACCUUACGAUCGACAAGCCCAAGAGGCUCAGUGGUUUAGACCACAGUGCCACCCGCGUCCCUACUUUGUUGUUGUUGUUUAGUCGUUUAGUCGUGUCCGACUCUUCGUGACCCCAUGGACCAGAGCACGCCAGGCACUUCUGUCUUCCAAUGCCUCCCACAGUUUGGUCAAACUCAUGCUGGUAGCUUCGAAGACACUAUCCAACCAUCUCGUCCUCUGUCGUCCCCUUCUCCUUGUGCCCUCCAUCUUUCCCAACAUCAGGAUCUUUUCCAGGGAGUCUUCUCUUCUCAUGAGGUGGCCAAAGUAGUGGAGCCUCAGCUUCAGGAUCUGUCCUUCCAGUGAGCACUCAGGGCUGAUUUCCUUCAGAAUGGAUAGGUUUGAUCUUCUUGCAGGCCAUGGGACUCUCAAGAGUCUCCUCCAGCACCAUAAUUCAAAAGCAUCAAUUCUUUGGCGAUCAGCCUUCUUUAUGGUCCAACUCUCACUUCCAUACAUCACUACUGGGAAAACCAUAGCUUUUACUAUACGGACCUUUGUUGGCAAGGUGAUGUCUUUACUUUUUAAGAUGCUGUCUAGGUUUGUCAUUGCUUUUCUCCCAAGAAGCAGAUGUCCCUUAAUUUCGUGGCUGCUGUCACCAUCUGCAGUGAUCAUGGAGCCCAAGAAAUUAAAAUCUCUCACUGCCUCCAUUUCUUCCCCUUCUAUUUGCCAGGAGGGGAUGGAACCAGUGGCCACGAUCUUCGUUUUUUUGAUGUUGAGCUUCAGACCAUAUUUUGCGCUCUCCUCUUUCACCCUCAAUAAAAGGUUCUUUCAUUCCUCCUCACUUUCUGCCAUCAAGGUUGUUUCAUCUGCAUAUCUGAGGUUGUUGAUAUUUCUUCCGGCAAUCUUAAUUCCGGCUAGGAAUUCAUCCAGCCCAGCCUUUCGCAUGAUGAAUUCUGCAUAUAAGUUAAAUAUGCAGGGAGACAAUAUACAGCCUUGUCGUACUCCUUUCCCAAUUUUGAACCAAUCCGUUGUUCCAUAUCCAGUUCUAACUGUAGCUUCUUGUCCCAUGUAGAGAUUUCUCAGGAGACAAAUGAGGUGAUCAGACACUCCCAUUUCUUUAAGAACUUGCCAUAGUUUGCUGUGGUUGACACAGUCAAUGGCUUUUGCAUAGUCAAUGAAGCAGAAGUAGAUGUCUUUCUGGAACUCUCUAGCUUUCUCCAUAAUCCAGCGCAUGUUUGCAAUUUGGUCUCUGGUUCCUCUGCCUUUUCUAAAUCCAGCUUGCACUUCUGGGAGUUCUCGGUCCACAUACUGCUUGAGCCUUCCUUGUAGAAUUUUAAGCAUAACCUUGCUAGCGUGUGAAAUGAGUGGAAUUGUGCGGUAGUUGGAGCAUUCUUUAGCACUGCCCUUCUUUGGGAUUGCGAUGUAGAUUGAUCUUCUCCAAUCCUCUGGCCACUGGUGAGUUUUCCAAACUUGCUGGCAUAUUGAGUGUAGCACCUUAACAGCAUCAUCUUUUAAAAUUUUAAAUAGUUCAGCUGGAAUACCAUCACUUCCACUGGCCUUGUUAUUUGUAGUGCUUUCUAAGGCCCGUUUGGCUUCACUCUCCAGGAUGUCUGGCUCAAGGUCAGCAACCACACUACCUGGGGUGUACAAGACAUCCAUAUCUUUCUGGUAUAAUUCCUCUGUGUAUUCUACUAGUCCCUACUAGUUUGGAGCAAAAAGGACCCAUCUUUAGGUCAAGUAAGUGGGUUGCCCUUGGUAUUUUGAUCUGCACCUGGUCUUGCAUUUGCAUUUUCCUGUAUCCCCAUUCAUGUAGGGAUGUCCACAUGAUGCCCUGCUCAUCCUAGUGUUGCCCUUGUAGGAUGUAACAUCACUGAAGCAAUCAAAUACAACAUUUCCUGUUUGCCCAGAGAGGACACACAGGGGAAUGUUGCUUCAGCCAGGAGGACUUCCUGUCACACCUGGUCUGGAGCCUCUUCCUCCUGUGUGUGACCAGGUAGAUGGGUGUGACCCUGGCAGACCCUGUAAAAGGGUCAGUCAUCCAGCCAUCUUCCCUUCUUUUCUUCAUUUUGCUCACUUUUGCCCUUUUGCUUUCUGCUGACUCUUAGCCAACAGCACAUGGCUCAUCCUUACAGAGGAUGAAGCCACACUUUGUAUCUCUAUAAAUGUAACUGCAACUAUAAGCUAAAGCCUGCCUUCAGGAAACUACUAUGAACUGAAUGUAAGUAAACUUCCUAUUACCUUUAAUGAAGACUGUUGUAUUAUUAUUUUAAGAGGGAAACGUUUACCAGGAACUAUCCAGCCUGGGCAAGCCAGAUUGGAUUGCUUAACUCAAACGAUUCUCACAAAUCCAUCAACUAGAUUCCAGCAAUGUGCAAGGGAAUGUGCUCUGCUACUUACUCACAAGCCUGAGUGAGGAGAGAUAAUAUUUCAUCAAUAUAUCCUCUCCUACCUUUCCUCAACAUUCUCACAACCUGACCCCCUCCUUUUAAAUUUAGAGUUUGUUGAUCCCAGCGAUUUCAUACUUUCCAAUGAAAGAAACCCCACAUUUAAAGAGGGAAGGGUCCAAGACAACAAUGAGACUGGGGGUGUCACAUGGAGGCCCCUGCAUUAAUGGGGAGACAGAAAGGUGCAAAUAUACAUUUUGCUCCAGGAUGAACAAACCCUGUGGCUCACUGGGAGAAAGUCCUGACUCUGGUAACUGUGCACGGUUUAAUUUCUCAGACUGCAUAAGGGCUAGUCAGUUUGAAAAGUCCUAAGAUCAUGUGGUUUAUUAUAGCACAAUUAAAAUAAGGAGUGGUUUGCAGAUUAUUGGGGCAAAAAAAAAAGUCAGUCCCCACCCCUGGAAGCUGUUUCAAUUUGAAAUAGACCAAGGGGGAAAUGUAGGGGAACAGAAGAGACCAGGGUAUCACGGGAUAACUGUGAGGAAACCCUUCUUUAGUGAAAGGUUCUGCAUCAUUUUUUGGCUCAAAGAGUUCUGUGCGCUUCAGCCUUCAUCACAGUUGGAAUGAGGGUGAAAGUAUAAUAGCCGAAGGUCUCACAUAAAAGUUGGGUUUGGAGGAAGGAUUUCUGGAAGCUGGGGAGACACUGAAUUACUAUGUAUGCACUUUUGUUAGGGAGAAAAAGCCUAUUUCAAAAGCUGUUAAGAAUUCUGGAGCAUGCUCCCAGGGUUAUUAAUUUGCGUUGUUCAUGUAUUAUUUCUUCAUGCUCUGGUCUUUACUCACCAACAGGGAUAAAGAUGGAAAGAACCAACCCAAACAUGUUGAAAGCUGUGACUUUGGGUCAGAUUCUGGGGCACCUCUCAGCAGAAAGAGCAGAAGGUCCCCUAGUUUCAAAGUAAGUGGUGUUUUACAUAAUAAAGGUAAAGUGUAAAGGGACCCCUGACCAUUAGGUCAUUAGGUUUAACCCACAGCACCACCCGAGUCCCUUUGGUGUUUUACAUAUUGCCCCCUAAAAAGGACCCUGCCCUGUGAGUCUAAGUCCAGAUGCUAAAAUGAUCUAACUGGAACAACCGAUUAAAAUACUUGUUUUUAAAGUACAGUGAAAAAGCAGGCCAGCACCUGGAGAUCAUCAUGAGCUGUCUUCUAUAGUCUUAUAGUCCCAUUGGCUCAAUAUUGUCUACAAUGACUGACAGCACCUCUCCAGGGUUUUAAAGAAGGAAUCUCUUCCAGCCCUAUGUGGAGAUGUUGGGGAUUGUGUGUUCACAAGAUACAGUAUGUGGUCAGCUGCUCUGAGCCCACGGGGAAAUCAAAGGGGUUGGGCUUUUUGCUAUUGUAACAGCAAAAAUGUGAAGCUCUAGUUAAAUAGAUUAUUAACAGUUGGGUAAGCUUGCAACUUCUUAAAAGGUUGCUUUUCUGUUCUGCAUUUAAUUAAUAAAGUGCUUGUUUUACUGUGAAUUAGUCUAAUAAAACCGAUUUCAUAGUUCACCCCGAUUUUAAUUACUUGACUGCUGAAGAGAGGCACUGGAUAAAAACAGAUGGGGAUUCUUGUGAGCGGUCCAUUGAUACUUUUAUUUAAAUAACAUGAAUACCAAACAGCAGUAAAACAAGUCAGUAAAACCCAAUGGUAAUCUGUCACAGGCUAAGAAAUACUAACUAGUCCAAGUACUUGAUAGAUUCACUUCCCCCGGAGCCUGAUCCUUCACAGAGCUCUACUCAGAAGUCCCAUUGAGUUCAAUGGGCUCAGAAAGGUAGCAUCAUAACCAUCCCAUUUGGGCUCUCUGAUCCAACCGUUAAUUCCUUCACUUAGAAUAUGCUUCCAUGAUUUUCUACAGAUCAAACAUUUUCUACUCAAGUCCUCUAUACUUAAUGACUAUAGAAUAA